AUGGCCACACUUAAGCAAUUAGAAGAAUGAUGGUGACUGGUGGACAGCCAAGGCUUUGACGAGUACAUGAAGGAAAUAGGAGUGGGACUUGCUCUGCGCAAAAUGGGUGCAAUGGCCAAGCCAGACUGUGUCAUCACUGGUGACGGCAACAAGGUUGACACAAGGUUGAGCACUCUGAAAACAACACAGUUUUCUUGUGUUCUGGGAGAGCAGUUUGAAGAAACUACAGCUGAUGGCAGGAAAACUCAGAGGGUCUGUAACUUCACUAACGGUGCAUUGGUUCAGCAUCAGGCGUGGGACAGGAAGGAAAGCACAAUAACAAGAAAACUGAAAGAUGGGAAGUUGGUGGUAGAAUGUGUCAUGAACAAUGUCACCUGUACUCAGGUCUAUGAGAAAGUAGAAUAAAAAUUCCAUCAUCAUUUUGGACAGGAAUUAGCUGGAAGAAUGAAAAAGCUCAGUUCA